CACGAGCGCACGCCCCGAGCCGGCCGGUGGUCCAGACACGACAAUUCCUUCAUCCUUUCUUCUUCUUCUUCUUCUUCUUCUUCGCCCUCGUUCUGUCCCCAUGUUUAUUUUAUUUUUCUUUUCUUUACUUUUUUUUUCCUCUCCUCUGCUCUGCUUUAUUCUUUUUCCUUCCCCUCGUCGUACCUUCCCACCCUUUCAAUCCCCACUCCCUUCCAAUCUCACGUUUUAUUAACCCUUCCCAACUUUGUUUCCUUCCGUUCACCGUUAAUCCUCACCUCAUUUUUUAAUCGCUCUCAUUAUUAUUAUUAUUAUUAAAUUCUUCACUUCAAUUUUCUUUCUCCUUUUUCUAAUUGCAAUGUUAUUUCUUAUCCUUUUUUCCCCUUAAUUAUCCAUGAUGUAUUUUUUAAUUAAUAAAUACAACGUAUCAUUAUGUGCUUCGAUCGCGAUUUAACGAAUUAUAUUGAGGAUAUAUCAUUAACGAGGAUCUUUGUGAAUUUGUAUCCCCCUCAAAGAGAGUAAAAUAUAAAUUAUCAAAGAGAGUGAUUUUCUUCGACGUUAUAUUAAUUUAUCGUCUACACACACACUCACACACACAUACGCGCGACAUUGUGUUUAAGGGAUUAAUAAUUAAUUCCACGUCCGCGUUGUUUAGUGACAUUGGAAGACUCGAUAAUCGUGUCAACGUAUCGUCUAUGUUAGUGUUAACGAGGAUUUAGGAAUUCAUUUCUUGUCAUGUUGUUCAGGAGAUUCUGUUAAUGUUGAUGUUCGGCCCACGUGCCAAGGGAGAAACAAAAGAGAUAAAUCUCGGUGAUAGAUACCAUAUUAGUAAUCUCUGAGAAUAAUCGUGAAAAAAAGGUGAAGAAGAAGAAGAAGAAUAAAAGGUGGAGGAAAAAGAAAUAGAAAUAUACAAAAUGUUGAGAGAAAAUCUUCAAGAAAGAACGGAGGACGAAUCUUGUGAUCUGCAAACGAAAGGAUACGCAUCGAAGGAUUAAAGGACAUCGAAUGGACGUGGGUGAUAUAUCGAGCUCAAUAGGAUUACCUCCAGGGAGUGGAUCCAAUCCCGGAAAUACGAGUGUUGGUGUUAUCGCGAAUACAACAUCCAGUAGCCAUACCGUAGGGUGGUGGACGCCUACGUCGAGCAUCGCUUCGGCACCGGCCACCACCGACGUGAUGAAUCAACUUUGUAGAGUUUGCGGAGAGCCGGCCGCGGGUUUUCAUUUUGGAGCCUUCACUUGCGAAGGAUGUAAGUCGUUCUUCGGGCGUACCUACAAUAAUUUGGGCAGUAUAUCCGAAUGCAAGAACGGUGGUAUUUGUGUGAUCAACAAGAAAAAUCGAACAGCCUGCAAAGCUUGCCGAUUACGGAAGUGCCUGAUGGUUGGUAUGUCAAAAUCAGGCUCGAGAUACGGGCGUCGUUCUAAUUGGUUCAAGAUCCAUUGUCUACUUCAAGAGCAGACGCAUCAGGCGCAUACGCGUCUCAUAAAGGACCCAAAGUUGGCAUACGAAAAAGCAUUUGGUUCGUUGGACGCGGCUAACAACAAUAAUACCAAUAAUAACGAAGACGCUAGUACACCCAUUUCGAGUGGUAUCAUAGGAAUGAUCACAACAGCGACAACUACAGCUAAUAGUUACCAUCAUCACCAUCACCAUCAUCAUCAACAGCAGCAGCAACAGCAGCAGCAACAACAACAGCAGCAACAGCAUCAGCAACAACAACAACAACAACAGCAGCAGCAGCAACAACACCAUCAGGAUAGAAUUGGGAAACGCGAGGAUACUGCAUUGAGGUCGCAGGACAUUUCGAGUACGUUGAGAUCGCAAGAAUUAUCAUCAAGAUCGAGCCAAGAACAAAUUGGUAUGAGGGUUGCCGAAUUAGCAAGAGCCCCACAGGAACUUCUCAGGCCGGAAGUUUCAAGAAGUGCUUUUCCAAUGUGGAGGGGCCCAGCAUUUUUACAUCCGGCAUUAACGCAAAUGCAAUUUUUAAAUACACCGUUCUUUCCGUUUCAACAACGUUUCAUCGUACCGUACGUUAAUCAAAUCGGAGCUCCGCCAAUGUUAGAGAGUCUUUCGAGUUCCUCGAGCGAAAGCAUAAGUCCUCGAUCAACACCAUCGCCAACGAGAACGAGAGUAGAGGACGAUAGUCGAGUUUUGAGAGUACGAUCAAGUCUAUGCGAGGAAGUUGAUCGAUCAUCAUCUAGGCCAAAAUCGGCAGACGAGUCGGUUAUUUACGACAAAAGUCUUGCAUUUUUUCGAUCCCUCGGUCCGGAACAAGAAGAACCGAUUGAUCUCAGCAUCAAAGCUGCCGUUGCUGCAGCGGAAGCUAUUGCUGCUGCUACUGCUACCGGGACAACAGCAAAGUUAGAAACGAGAGAGACGGAUCCAGGUAGCACGGAAGAGGAGAGAUCGACGGAUAACGAGGACAACGAGCUCCUUCAUGACACGGUACCACCAUUGGAUCUCACGAGGAAAACAUGACCUUGGACCAGACCCGAAGAUCCUUGAUAGGAAUUUCGAGACUACAUCGUCAAACACAAGAUUGUUCUUUUAUGUGUCUCAUACAUAAAAGAAUUAUUAUUUCUUUCAUUGUUCAGUGAUUCGAUGUGUUUUAUGAAUUAUUCGAAAAUGAAAGAUGUUUCUCCUCUUGACUUCUUUAUCGGUGAAUUUAGAACAAAAGUGUAGUUUACAUUAAACGUUCGUGCCCUUAUGAUAGUGCCUUUAAGCUCUCUUUUUAUAAAUUGUUUUUUAUUUUUUUUUUUUUUCGGCUAUCGAUUUAACUAAGAGAGUUUUAAAAUGUGCCUUGUAUAAAUGAAACUUUUAUUAAUAUUAAACGUUCCCGAUAUAAUAAUCAUGCACGGAUUUUAUACGAGAGUGUUAACAAGUUUGUUUUUAUGUGUUGACGUAAUCGAGGAAUGACAAACGAUUUUUUGUUUUUUAAUUAUUAUUAUUAUUAUUUCUAUUUAUCAAUAACGAAAGAAUGAUUUUCUUUCAAUCGCGACGGAACGUGCACGUACACGAACAUACGCGGGACAUAUCAUACUUGCAUAUACAAGUUUUAUUUAAUCCGAGUUAGUAGCUGCAUUAAACUCGGUUUAAAAGAAAAGAAAAGAAAAAGAAAAAAAAGAAACAAGAUAUGACAAAACGUGGAAUGAUUUCUUUCUCUUAGGAUGUACGUAUUUUUUUUUUCGACGAAAUCAACGUUUUAACAAAAAGUGCCUUUUAACGAAUAGUAUAAUUAAAUACAUGAUCAAUUGUAUAAAAAAGAAAAAAAGAAAAAACGAUUUUCAAUCGUUGCGCUUUU